GGUGCAAACUUUUGGGCUUGCAGGACCAACAUCCCUCAUUGGUUUGGGAGAGGUGUGUGUGUGUGGAUCUGCCUCACAAUGGUCUGUCUGGGCCCUUACCUCAUGUCACAUGUUGGCAUUUGUUUGGCCAAUAAGACUGUAGCACACCCACCAGCUUCAGUCCCCACUUGGACUUACCUUUGAUGUCACAAUCUGAACUGUGGGUAUUAAUCUGGUUACAGCUGCUCACAGACCAGAUGGCAAGGUCAGGGGACUAGCACUGGGAGAUGUGGAAGAGAAGUAACCAUCAACCCAAGAUCAAAGCAGAGGAUGGACCUCCGGCGGGCCAGUUCAAGGUCCUGGGUUCAGUUGUAGAACCUGCCAUGCCACCUCUAGAUCUGUCAGAACUCCAGAGCUUCCAGGUGUGUGAGGACAUUAGGCUUCACAUCAAGGAAGUGGGAGCUCCCUUGGUCAAGAAAGUCAAUGCCGUCUUUCAGCUGGACAUCACCAAAGAUGGGAAGACAGUUCUGCAGUGGACCAUCGAUCUGAAGAAUGGUUCUGGGGACAUGUAUCUGGGACCUGCCAGGCUCCCAGCAGACACUGUCUUCACAAUUCCGGAGCCCAUCUUUAUGGAGAUGGUUUUGGGCAAACUGAACCCGCAGAAGGCUUUCCUUGCUGGCAAGUUCAAAGUGAGUGGCAAGGUUCUGCUUAGCCAGAAGCUGGACAGGGUUUUCAAAGACUGGGCUAAAUUUUAAGCAUGCAAAAAUACCAAAGAAGAACUUCUCUUCGAUGAUAAUGUCCCGUGGAAAUCAUGCUUAAUCUGAAGAUUAAAGUAAAAAGUAUCCAGUAUUUUUACUCAAA